CCUGAACUUUUGCACAUGUUGUUGCCUCUUCAAGGCAAGCAGCCCUUUUCGCGCCCCACCAGCACCGUCUUCUCCAUGGCCUCUUUGUGUCCGUCUCUGUUACCUGAUCUGUUGGUCCGUCUGUUCACGUCUCUCGUGCUUUCCAUUUGCAUAAGCCAAAUGCUGAUGACUUCGGCUAAACAGGCUAACUGCUUGGCAAUCAAAACUGUGCUGUCGUACGCAGCGCACACAGCAAAAAACACUCAAGCGACAACAACAAGAACAACCACAGCUCUGAACAAGAUGAAAGCUUCAUUGGCCAUAUUGCUGUGUAUUGUGUGCGGCUUGGCGGCGGCAAGGCCCGAUCAGAAAUACACGAACAAAUUCGACAGCGUCAAUGUGGACGAUGUGCUGGGCAACAAUCGCAUAUUGAACAACUAUAUUAAGUGCCUGAUGGAGAAGGGUCCGUGUACGCCGGAGGGUCGUGAACUGAAGCGACUGCUGCCCGAUGCCCUCGAAUCGGAGUGCUCCAAGUGCACCGAGGUGCAGCGUCGCAACUCCAACAAGGUGAUCAACUAUCUGCGCACCAACAAGCCCGGCGAGUGGAAGCUGCUCCUCGACAAGUACGACUCGAAGGGCAUCUACCGGGCCAAAUACGAGAAGCAUCUUUAACUUAAGCCAACAAAAACAACAACAAUAACAAUAACAAUAUCAUCAUCAGCACUAUUGGCUACUAGUUGGAUAUGCAACUAAUCACACGCGUUAUUUAAAUUAAAAAAUAAUAAAAUAAAUAUUACAAAUAAUUGAA